GAGAAGAGAGAGACCAACAGCAGGGGGGUGGCUCGGGGUCUAGGUCUAGGAAAGCUCAAGCUCGUCAGUCUCUCUUCCUCCGGCCAAACCUAAGCACGUGCGUGUAGUCACCGUCUGUUUAUUUACUACCGAGCGACCCUUGUGAGCCCCGCCGACCAGCUGACCACACCCCAUCCACCCGCUUACUCAGUCAACAUUACGAGAGCCCUUUAGAGUAUGUAUGUAGGCCGAGUGGUGUAGUAGUUAAGUGAACCGAGUGACUUUACUACAACAACGGCGUCUCAGGAAACAGUGCUGCAAUAACGAGAGAGUUAACCAAUAGAAAAAGAAUUAAGCUCUGGAUGGAAAAGAGGACUGUAUGUAUGGAGGCCGAGUGAUAUAGUGCUGGUAGUAGCAGUUAGGUGACCCGAGUGACUUUACUACCGAAUACUUAGACUUUAGAGAAUAAUGCAGUGAUACGAUAACAAAGAAGUUAAAUAAUGGAAAAAAAGGAAGAUUUGGAUUGGAAAAAAGAUUGUAUAUAUACGUAAGCCAAGCAGUAGUAUUAGUUAAAAAUCGAGGGACUUUAUUAACGCCACGAAGACUUAGAGAAUAAUGCAGUGAUACGAUGCCAAAGAAGUUAACCAAUGGGAAAAAAACGGAAGAUUUGGAUUGGAAAAAAGAUUGUAUAUAUACGUAGGCCAAGCAGUAGUAUUAGUUAAAAAUCGAGGGACUUUAUUACCGCCACGAAGACUUAGAGAAUAAUGCAGUGAUACGAUACCAAGGAAGUUAACUAAUUGAUAAAAGGAAGACUUGAAUUGGAGUUACGUAGUGGUAGUAGAAGUAGUAGGAGAAUAAAGAACAUAAAGAAAGAAGGAAAGUGACAGAAAGAGAAGGAAGAAAAGAUGAGGAAUAUGGUUCAAAAGCAGAAGAAGAGAUAAAGGGGAAAGAGGAGAAUGAAGAAGAGUAUAAGGAAACGAGAAUAAGACACAUAAGCGAGGAAGUCAAGUAACAGAAAAACAGGAAUACUUAGAUUGAAAAUAAAAAAAGACUAUAUGUAUGUAGUGGUGGUGGUAUUAGCAGUGAAUCGAGUGACCUUGCUACAGCCACGAAGAUUAAAAAUGCAAUGAUACAAUGCGAAAAAGUUAUAACGUGUAGAAAAAAGGAAGAUUUGGAUUAAAAAAAAGCCUUGAGGGUGAAUGAAAGUGAGACGCUAUGGAGACGUGGGAAAAAGAGAAGUGCUGUGGAGCUUAAUUAAACACCUACAGUACUCUCCAAUUCUCUAGUUUUCAUAAUUUUCUCCAACUUUCUCUAAUGCGAUAACCAAUUUAUUCGUUGACUUUUCUCUAAUUGUGGUUUUCCUUUUAAUUAAUGUGCAUUGAUACUUUUUUUAGGAGCAGCAAGUAGCGGGCUUUUUUUUAUAUUAUUGCUUCCUUUUUUUGUGUGCCCUUGAGCUGUCUCCUAUGUUGUAAAAAAAAAAAAAACCCUUUCAUCUUUCUCCCUAAUCGCAUGACCCUAUCCCCUCCUCCCCCUCCAUCCCGACUGUUCAUUCUACAAGAUUCAGAUAAAAACAAACAGACAGAAUAAAACACAUUGAUCUGCGCUCGACAAGGCCUUCGUGAUGUAGCCAGAACAUUUAAGAACUGUGUAAGACAAAAAGAAGAAGAAAAUAAAGCUCUUCAUACACACAUUAAAAGGGAAAUCGGAAGGAAACAGAGAAGAAACAUUGAUCCGAGUUUGACAAGGCCUUCGUCAUGUAGCAAGACUCCUUAAAAUCCUUCACCGAGGGACGCUGUACACGGCUACCUCCUCCUACUCCUCCUCCUCUUCCUCCUCCUCCUUCACAUCUUAUUACUCCUUCACCUCCAUCACCUCCUUUCCUUCUCCAAGUCCUUCACCUCCUCCUCCUCCUUCACCUUCACCUACUUUCCUCUUACAUCAACCCCUUCACCUCCUCCUCCUCCUCCCCCUCCUCCUCCUCCUCCCGCUCUUCCUCCUUCACCUUCAUCUCCUCCUCCUCCUCCUCCUCCUCCCGCUCUUCCUCCUUCACCUUCAUCUUCACCUCCUCCUCCUUUCCUCCUUCAUCUUCACUUCCUCCUCCUUUCCUCCUUCAUCUUCACCUCCUUUCUUUUUCCUCCUCCGCCUCCGUCAUGGCCGCCGGGUGGGAGGGGGAUAGCAGCCUGCUCGUGAGGGUGUCCGGGGUGGUGAGGUUCUGCUGCCCCUCCCCCGUCACCUCGCUCCUCGCCCCGCCGCCGCAGCAACCCCCAGGCGACGCUGUGAUACCCGGGGGCUCGCGUCGGUCAGAGGACCCAAGUGCGGGGAGCGGCCGCUACACCAUCCUGCCCACCAUCUCCGUCGUGCCGCCCUGGGAUGACCCUGUCCACCACCCCUACCACCACCACCACCAGUCCAUCCUCGACCCCGCCCACCACAACCACCUCCACAGCCUCGCGUAUGACCAGGGUCUGAGCGAUAGUAACACGGUCCUACGCGUGAUUGCCCCCUCGCCCGUCCUGCCGCCGUCUCUCAACACCACCAGCGUCUCCACUUCUCGUCCUUCGUGGGUGGAGGACGCGGCUCUCAACGCCACGCACCGCUUCUACAACGUGUUGAGGGCGGUGCUGCACGGCGGGGAGGAGCAGCAUCCUUCGCUCAGGGGGGAGGCGCGGCGCGGCGUGGAGGUGUCUUCGGAGGAGUCGCCGCCGCUGCUGAGUGUUGACGCCGCCGCCCCCGCCGCCCUGGACCCCGCCAUUCCGCCGCUCAUACAGGUGUGCGCGGGGCUGGCGGUGGUGGUGGUGGUGAUGGUGCUGCUCUUCCACUGGCACCACAUUCGCCACGAGUGCCUCAGGGAGCGCCGCGCCCUACGCCGCCUGGCCCGACGGUACCGCGACCAACGCGACGACGACGACCACGACCUCGAGAAGAACGACACCUCGGACGUGACGCUGUGACGCACGACUCUCGCUCUUUGUCUUUCUUUAUGAAGUGUAGAGUGUAGCAGACGCGGCGCACAAGCAAGAGGUCCCAGGUUCGAUUCCCUUCAGCA